AUGGAUUGCAGUUCUGGUUCCACCAUACUUGUUAUUUGCCAGUUUUUCAGUCCAUCACUCCAAAGUCCAAGAAUUGAAAAUCCAAGAAUUGAAAAUGGGAUCUUUAAACAAGUUGAAGAAGUUUUAUCAGUCCAUAAUCCAAGAAUUGAAAAAGGGGUGUCUCAAAAUGGCAACUUUGGUCAAGUUGAGCAAGUUUUUUUAGUCCAAAAUCCAAGAAUUGAAAAUGGGGUUGCUCAAAAUGUUAACUUUAAACAAGUUGAGCAAAUUUCAUCAGUCCAAAAUCCAAGAAUUGAAAAUGGGGUGACUCAAAUUCAUGAUUUAUUUUCAGAAAGUGAGAGUCUUGGUGGCCCCUUAUCUUCAAGUGAAGAUUCAGAUAUUGAGUGGCCAUUCUCUGGUGAGUUAGAACAGAGUCCACUAUGCUCAGAUGGUUCAAUUUCUGAUGAAGAAAGCCUUAUUGAAAUAGCACUUCCAAGUGGUCAAUUUGUAAAAGAUAGUCCCAAAUUAUCUUUUCAUCAACAACACCAAAAGAUACACCAAGGAGUGUUAACUAAAAGCCCGUUUGGAUAGACUUAAAAAAGGUACUAUAGUCGUUC